CAAUUUCAUCAACUUCAGCAACUCCAACAGACCAACCUAACCUACGACAAUGAGCGCCAGAUCUCCGGAACCACUGGAAACGCCGGGAACGCUAGAAACACCGGAAAUGCUGGGAACACCGGAAACCUCCAGGACUCGGUCGCCUAUAUUCAGCGCUGAGAUCGAGGUCUACAUCAAGAUCAAACACAACGUGGAAGCUGCACUGCGAGAAAAGCAAAGAACGAACCCUUCUUCCCUACCAGCUUAUUGGCGGGGCUGGAACCUUGACGCCAAAAACGACGACGAGGCCAGACUGUUUAUAGCAACUAUUGAUGGCGUUUUGGGCGACGGCAAUGGAUGGACGUGCGAGUUGGACUCCAGCUUGAGAGAUGAGUGGCUCCAAUUGGGCCCGGGAACCGAACCAAGAAAGUGGUGGGGUGUCGAGAUCAUCACGCCACCUAUGUCGGUAUCGAAGCAGUGGCAACUGGAGAUAAACAUGGUUUUUGAAGAACUCGGUAAGACGUUCGACUUCUGGACUAAUCCCCAAUACUGCGGCUUCCACGUACACGUAUCGCCCGGGGCAAACACCCGUUAUACGCUGGAUCAGCUUGUCAGGACGGCCAAAGCGGCCUACUUCUGGGAGUAUGCGCUGGCCGAGAUUGUCCCGAAACAGCGUAACUGGAAUCAAUACGCUCAACCGAACUAUACCGCUUUCGCGUACCACGAAUACAUGCUAGUCCGUACCCGGGGUUGGGCUAGAGUCUUUAAGGAGAUCGAUGAAGUUGCUACAACAGCGCCGAAGCUUCUCGACGUAUUGAAAGGCGGGCAGACGGGGGAGGGCGGGACAGCGAACUACUCGACCAACUUUUCUCCAGUCUAUGAGAGAGGAACAAUCGAGCUGCGCCGUCAGGCCGGGGUUGCCUCGGCUCUGAGUGCCAUCCGUGGUAUACUCCUGGCUGUUACGCUUCAUAUUAGCGCUCUCCGCUACGAUUUCGAUGCGGUUACCAGCCGGACCGACCACCCAAGCCAAGCAGAAUUGAUAAGGGAGCUUGCUGGCUGCAUCAAAAAGCUUCCCGAAACGUGCCACGGUUCCCGAUUCGUUCACUGGCUCAAAUGCGCGCAGAUCAACAUCAGGGAGGAGGCCUUCCGUAAGGGUCUUCCGCCACCUGACCAGGAGUCCUACCACAGUACUUCGGAGGUAGCCCCUCCCGGAUCGAUGGUACCCCCCUCAUAUGUACUGGCUCCCACCGCCAGGAACACUGCCCCGCAAGCACGUCAAGGAACAACAGCCACGCCCCAGGAAAGAGGAGGAGCGAGCGGAAGAGGAGGAGCGAGCAGAAGAGGAGGAGCGAGCGGAAGAGGAGGAGCGAGCGGAAGAGGAGGAGCAAGCGGAAGGGGAGGCGGAGGCCAGAGCUCAUCAACCCCAUCGCGGACCCCCGCGGCCCAAGACGGAAGAGGAGGAGUAGCAAGCGGAAGGAGAGGAGAAACGAGCGGAAGAGGAGGCGGAGGCCAGGGCCCAUCAACCGGAACAGCGCGACCGCCCGCGCCCAGCACCCCCGCUGCUACCGGUGCUCCCACCCGACCGCCCGCGCCCAGCACCCCCGCUGCUACCGGUGCUCCCACCCGACCUUACUUUACGGUCGACGUCACCAAGACCUGGAGGGGGACGUGGUGA